AUGUUCUAUUAUCAUGUACAAUAUCCCAGGUUCAUGUGCAGUUUUAUAUUUUUAUGUGCGAUAUUUUCUUAGAAUGUGAAAUUUUCCAACUCCGUGUACAUUAUCCAAUUUUCACGUAGAAUAUGAAACUCAAACACCCAAUGCUCACACUAAAUCUGGUAUUUCCAGACGUUGCAGCUCUUGCUCCCCCUCCACAGUUGCCCCUUUUCCCGACGGUCUCUGAAGCCCUCACGCUCCCUCCCCCUCUCCGCUUGUUCCAGCAACAGUCCCGCAGAACAGAAGUACUAGCAUGGCGCUCGGUGCGGUCGGAGUUCCGUUGUCUCGUCUUCUUCGUGUUAGCUUUUACUCCACUAUCUGACAGAGGUACGUUUAUUCUACGCACUGUACGCCUCUAAAGUAAAACCUUCUCGGUAGUGUUUGUCCUCGGAAGACUCUCAGAUAAGUAGCGGGUGUGUUUUUUUAGUUAGCUUGCUAACUAACGUUACUACGUUAGCAAAGGAGGCAAAAAAAAUUGGGAGAUACGGGGUAACAAGAGGAGGAGUUCUGUUUUGGAAGAGCUGAUGCUGAUGCCAUGGCAAUAGCCGAGGAAUGGGAGUGACGUGACAGCACUUGAUCUGCUUCCAAACAAAAACCUACUCAGCACCAUGUUUUCCUGCUGAAGUACAGGCAGAACACACAGACAAUGGACGAGUCAGUACUGUUGGAUUUGCUCGAGUGCCCCGUUUGCCUGGAGCGUCUAGACGCCUCGGCGAAGGUUCUUCCCUGUCAGCACACCUUCUGCCGACGAUGUCUUCAAGGCAUCCUGGGCUCACGCGGUGAGCUGCGCUGCCCAGAGUGCCGGACGUUGGUGGAGUGUGCCGUGGACGAACUUCCCAGCAACAUCCUUCUUGUGCGCCUGUUGGAUGGUAUCAAGCAGAGGCCUCGAAGGCCUGGCCCCGGGGCAGGAGUCUGCACAAAUGGUACGUCUGGAGCCGUUGCCAGAGCACAUGGAAGUGGGACGAGGGACCAGGGCACACCAGGAGCACAACCCCAACGGGCUCAGGCUAAGAGCACCCUUGUCCGGGUUAGUAUAGGUGUACCUCAGCUUCCCUGUGCCAAGGCACUCUACAACUAUGAUGGCAAGGAACCAGGAGACCUCAAGUUCAACAAAGGUGACAUCAUCAUCCUGCGCCGGCAAGUGGACGAGAACUGGUACCACGGCGAGAUGGGAGGAGUCCACGGCUUUUUCCCCACCAACUUCGUCCAGGUCAUCAAGCCGCUGCCGCAGCCGCCACCUCAAUGCAAAGCUCUCUAUGACUUUGAGCUGAAAGACAAAGAGGCCGACAAGGACUGCCUGCCCUUCUCUAAGGACGAUAUCCUGACUGUGAUCCGCAGAGUGGAUGAAAACUGGGCAGAGGGAAUGCUGGGAGAUAAAAUUGGAAUUUUUCCCAUCUCAUAUGUGGAGUUCAAUUCGGCAGCUCGGCAGCUUAUAGAGUUGGACAAACCGUCAGACUCCAGUGGAGACUCUGGAGAGGGGGCCUCCUCAGGGCCCCAGAGCAAUGGUGCCCAGCGGGCAGGGGAGAAGAAGAACAGCAAGAAGCGACAUUCCUUCACCUCUCUCACCAUGUCCCACAAACCCAUGCUAGCUCCUCCCCCCCAGCGUCACUCCAUGGAGAUUAGCGGACCGGUCCUCAUCAGCUCCAGCAACCCCACAGCAGCUGCUCGAAUUGGGGAGAUCAGUGGGGGGCUUUCAUGCAGCGCACCUUCACAGGUACAUAUUUGCACAACUGGACUAAUUGUGACCCCGCCCCCUAGUAGUCCUGUUACUACAGCAACAGUCUUCACAUUUCCCUCAGAGACGAGCUACACAUCCAUCUCUGUGGAUGCUCUCCCACCGCCCCCUCCUCCUCCCCCACAGUCCUCUGUUGGUGGAGCGGCGUAUUCGCUGGCUGCCGGACAGAGACCCUCCCCCAGCAUAAGCGACCAAAGUGGGAGACAAAGACCCACAGUCUAUGUGGCAAUGUUCCCCUACGCUCCUCGUAAAGAGGAUGAGCUGGAACUAAGGAAGGGAGAGAUGUUUCUGGUGCUGGAACGCUGUCAGGACGGCUGGUUCAAGGGCACCUCCAUGCACACUGGCAAGAUCGGAGUCUUUCCUGGGAACUACAUGAGCCCAGUCAGCAGGACGGCGUCUGGGAGCACUCAGCCCAAAGUGGCCAUGAGUCUGUGCACUCAGGCGGGCAGAGGAGUCACCAUCGUCAGCCCCUCUUCUGCUCCCCUUGGGGCCGUUGUUCCAGGGCCUGACUUCACCAAACCCCUCACUGUGUGCUCCAGCGCUGUACCUGUCAGCUCCCAGCCUGCAGCUGUGGUAACCGCUGCUCAGACGGCCACAGGUCAACAGCCCAAAAUCCCACUGCAUGUCAGCUCCCAGAUGACCGUAAAUCAGGCUCGCAACGCAGUCCGGACAGCUGCAUGUCACAGUCAGGACAGGCCCACAGCAGCAGUGACACCCAUCCAAUCUGCGACACCUGUGGCCUAUCUGCCCCACCUCACAGUGUGUCCGCAACCCUCCAACACUCCUGCACAGGGCUGCAGUCGGGCUGGAGUGGCGAUGGGCUGCGCCGCCGCCUCUCUGACUCCACCCAACGUCAGUGCUGCAUCUUUGGAAGGCGACGCUUUGAGACCCGUACCUGUCCUCGCCGUGCCUGUCGGCCCUGGAAACAACGCUGCUCUCAACCCCACAAACAACAACGCAGCUCUUGCCUGCCGACUGGACAAGGACGUCAAGAGAGAAAAGAAAAGUCUCCUGAAGCUGUUGUCCUCCAAUAAGAAGAAGUCUCGUCCUUCACCUCCCUCCUCUCCCACCCUGGAGGCGGAACAAGCUGCUGCCGGUGAGGUGCUUCACGGCGCUGUCGGCCCCGACACCUCCCCUCCCUCCGGCUCAGUCAGCUGCUUGGAAUCUGAACCUGCUGCUGCUGUAGCUUCUGCUUCGUCAUCCUCCUCCUCCUCCUCCUCGGUCCCAGAGUCCUCCCAUCGGAAGAGCAGCCCCCUUGACGGAUGCGCUCCUAUCGCUCCUCCUCCUCGCCAGCCCUGCUCCUCGCUGUUAUCCCAGCAGCAUGACGCGCGGCCCAUCAUAUGUGAGAGGUACAGGGUGGUGGUAUCAUAUCCUCCCCAGAGCGAGGCCGAGCUGGAACUUAAGGAGGGCGACAUUGUGUUCGUUCAUAGGAAGAGGGAAGACGGCUGGUUCAAAGGCACACUGCAGAGGAACGGCAGGACCGGACUGUUCCCUGGCAGCUUUGUAGACAGCAUCUAAAAUAUACACACUACAGUGAACCACACUCAGACAAGGUCGGCACUCACAAGGUUCCUGGGACAGAACCGUCACACUGACUCUUCCUGCAAAUGAACAGGAUUUGUUAUCAAUAAAAGCACAGCGGACGGAGUUAGAGGAGAGCACACUACUCAUGAACUUGUCUUUUUUUUUUGUUGUUGUUGGUUAUUUAUAUCUUUGUAACAAUUCAGCUGUUAAAUGUGUGCCUUGUACUGUUCCUCACUUUAUUGUACAUAAGGACACAAAUAUGAUUAGUCCUAAAGCAACCAAUAUGAACUGUUCAUAUCAGUAUGUUACGCAUUUUAACUUAUUUCAUAGACUGACCUUUUAUGUAGUGCCACGCAUUAAGGGGUCAAGUAAAGCACAUGCCUUAUGUCAUAUUUUACCGCAGAUAUGCUCUUCUGUACUAGACUGCUGAUAAAAGUUUCACCCUUAUUUCAAGCUGUCAGCAGAUGGGAGACGGUGUAUCGGAUGGAACAGACCAGAGCAAAUCACUUGUGCUGCAUGAUAGAGAAAAAAAACGAUACUUCCCCUGUUCCAAAGGCAUUACCCAAACCAGAGGAUCAUGUAAGAGAUCUGCUGUAUUGCACAUUAAGUAGCUACGAUUCACAGCCGUGUGAAAACUGCACAUGACGAAAUACUUGUGCCAUUCACAGGCUUCCAGUUAGUUUUUUUAAGUCUUCUUCUCCUCCAGGUGUGGUUGAGGUUGCACCGUAAAGAGGCUUUUGCCUGCAGUGAUCAAAUAUUUGCAUGUGAUUACCGAAGCCAUCUGCAGGAGACAGAGUUGGUUCGGCGUUUAAAUAUGCGAAAGAAACACACUCCAGAAUGGACUUUGCAGUCAAAUAUUACUUACUUUGUACCUUCUUUAUAUUUACUGACCAGAGGAGCUGCUCUCCUUACCCCCCCCCCCCCCCUUGGCAACAGACGGAGCUCUGCACCACAGGAGCGACAUAACGUUUCAGUAACAGUGCACAGAUUCUUUUCGGUGUAUAUUUAUGUUUGUUACACAUUUCACAGAGGCUGACACCUGCUGCUCUUAGACAGUGUGUCGUGUAACCGACCCAACGCCGUCACCCUUCAGCAGGCUCUGUUUUUGGACACUAUAACUCAUUCCUAAUGUGACUUGUGGCAAUAAAAAAAGAAAACACUGCUAGCUAAAGCACAGAAUGUUUGCCUAAAGUAGCAUAUUAUUGUAUCACUCUACAGGAAGAGGUGCGUAGUGUAAUUCUAUUGAAUCUCAAUUUAUUUUUUUUUUAUUGAAACCAAUCACUUUGAGCCCUUGAUUUUUUUUUUCUUUUGAUUUUGUGGGUUAACUGUUUUAAGUUUUUAACGUUAAGUGUUGUACUGACUUGAAUUACUGUAAGAUUUCUUCGUGAUUGGAGGGGAUUUGGUCGUAGUUUUGGUGCUUGUUAAACAUGAAAUGAAAAGAAUUAGCUGUUUUAGAGUGAAUAUUUUAGAAAAAUGUGUUUCAUCAAAACAAUUGUCAGCAAAAAAAUUCUGUUUUCUUUGAGUGUUUUCCAAAAAGCAAAUCAUUGGAAAAAAGUCCAGAAAAUCCCUCAAAGUAAAAGCGUCAUUAUAGACUGAGCCCUUGCUUCCUCAGAGGACCUCACCGCAUUAAAGUCCCUCUCUGGUCUUUGAUUAAACCCUCCAUAACUCAUCUCUGUUUAGCAAAUUAACAUAUUUAGAAGAUUUAUCCAUGAAAAAUAAUCCCUUUAUGCCUUAAAAUGUCUCACAUAUAACCCUACAUUGUUGCUUUCACUGCUUGUUUUGCUCAUGAUGCAUAUGGCUGCAUAUUAAAAACACCACGUUAACAAGGUAAAAUAUAAAAACAAGAGCUUGAUUUUCAUCAGAGGGGGUCUUUAAUGGAACAUGACUUGUUCAUCUGGUCUUCACAAAGUCCUUUGAGGGACCCGGGGGAUACUGAAACACCUUUCAGCCGAGGCAAUCACUGAACUGUGCCAAAUUUGGCUUUGAGAGCGAAUUUAUUGACUGAAUUGGACCCAGAGUUUCAAGUGCGUGUUUGUUUUGUUGUUGGCUGUUCAUUGAGGGGGACCACUGUGUAACUGACUGCUGGAAUUUGUUGUAGUUUGUGUGAGAGUGUGGAGAAGGAUGGUACAAAUCACUGUUAGGGCCUCUUUUUUUUGUCUUUCUGAACUGGUACUUGCGUAGGAUUAACCUGAUGAAUUGUUGUCUUGGCAAUCACCACACCAACCUCAGGCUCUCGGCUAAAACUCUUCCUCUUGAGUGUCUUUUCAUUUCACUUGGAAGCCUUUAAUAUACACACCAGACUUACUCCAACACAAACGCACACACUUACACUGACAUAUGCACUAUCACACCGUUAUUUCUAAUUAUACUGACUUCUCGUCCAUGUUUUCCAUGCGUAGGCUGCACAGUUUCAGAACGAGAGACAUAUCUUAAAUUAAUUACUAGUCUAUACUUUCAUUUAUCGGAACACAUGGCAACUUAAGUUUUCUUGAUCCAGCUUAACAGAUUUUCUAUAUGCCAAGGUGACUUACUUGAUUCUUUUUUUUUUUUUUGUCUGUAGUUAGUCUGUUCUUUUUGUCUGAAAAUGGUGAAACUGAAAUCAAACUAUUUGACACAAGUCUAUUAUGUGAAAAACAUUCUGAAGUAUUUGAGGGAAUCGCACAUUUUGUAAAAAAAAAAAAAAAAAAUCUCUAUAACAAUAAAAGCUAAUGGUUUCCAUAA